UUUUGUGAACAGAGAGCUCCAAUCAACUCUACAAGAUGUCUUUCCAGAACAAGGACUUCUGGAUAUCAAAAGGUCCAGGAAAUAUAGGCGAUGGUGAAAUAGCUCACAGUAAUUCCUCGAGAAGCGAGUCCAAGCGUUCUCAACAGUGGUUCAUGGAUGGUGCUGAAGCAGAUUUAUUUCCCAGCAAGAAGCAGGCAGUUGAAAUUCCACACCCCAACUCCUACACUGCACUUCUAAACUCAAACAUUUCUUCUUGGGGAAAUCCUUCUAGUUUCCAUUCUGUAGCAGGCCACUUCACGGAAAGGCUAUUUGACAGUGAAACACCAAGGAGUACUAACUUUGAUGAUAGGAGCCUUCCAUCAAUGGCUAUAGGCAGUAUGAGUAUGGGAAGGAAGGUUGUUGCUGAUCCUUUUGGAAUCGAUUCCACAUUUGGACUAUCUAUAUCUCAUCCGCUGGUAGAACCCAGAUCUGGUAUUAGUUAUGGUGGGAUAAGAAAAGUUAAAGUCAGUCAAGUCAAGGAUGCUGAGGAUUUUACAUCUGUUUCCUUAGGACAUGCCUAUUCCACGGGAGAUAAUAGUACAAUGACUGAUCAUGCUUAUAGCAAGGUUGAUGAUGAGUCCAUAACAAUGGGGCUCUCUUUUGAUAGAGGGAAUGACAGCAUGAUAUCAAUGACUGACACCUUCCACAGGGGGGAUACCAAUUUCAUAUCAAUGGCUGAACCAUAUAACAAGGCGGAUACCAGUGAGAUGCCGAUGGAUCUUCCCUACCGGGAGAAUAAUGGUUCUAUAUCUGUUGGUCCAUCCGUCAGUAAGGAUGAUAGCAGUAUUACAACGAUGACUCAAUCCUUUAUCAAAGAGGAUGAAAAUAACAUAGCUAUUGAUGCCUUCAAUGAACAUAAUAUUGCUUUAUCGAUGGAUCAGGUUUUCAGCAAGGAUGAUAGCAAUGUUACUUCACUGGGUAAAACUUUCGAUGAAGGGAUUUACAAUACCAUAUCAAUCAAGAAUGCCUAUGGUAAAGUAGAUGAUAUAAGAAUGUCAAUGAGCAGAACCGAUAGCAGUAGUUUAUCCAUGAGGCAUUCUUUUAGCAAGGGUGGAAACAAUAUCAUAUCUUUUGGUGGAUUAAAUGAUGAUGCCGAUAACUUGAAUUCAGGAAGGCUUGUAUGCAAUUAUGACUUUUUGAUGGGACAACCUUCAGUUCAAAGAUCUGAAGAAACUGGGUUGUCUGAAUCUACCAGCGAUGCACUUGUUAGUGCCUUACAAGUAUCUGCCCCUGGAGAUGUAAUUUCAAAGAGAAAGGAGCAAAAAGCAACUAAAAAGUCUCCUCCAAACAAUUUCCCUUCAAAUGUUAGAAGUCUGCUAUCAACUGGUAUGCUGGAUGGGAUUCCAGUGAAGUAUGUUGCCUGGUCAAGAGAGAAGGAGCUUCGUGCGGUCAUUAAAGGUGCUGCCUAUCUCUGUGGUUGUCAAUCAUGUACCUUUUCGAAGGCUAUCAAUGCUUAUGGGUUUGAGCGUCAUGCUGGUUGCAAAACAAAGCACCCAAAUAAUCAUAUUUACUUUGAGAAUGGAAAGACAAUCUAUGGAGUUGUUCAAGAGCUGAGAAACACACCUCAGAAUUUGUUGUUUGAAGUUAUUCAGACGAUAACUGGAUCACCAAUCAACCAGAAAUCUUUUCGAAUUUGGAAAGAGUCAUUUCUAGCUGCUACACGCGAGCUUCAGCGGAUAUAUGGGAAGGAAGAAGGAAAAGUUGUGACUUAGAGCUGAUUUUGUCGAGGGAGGAGAUUACGCAAAUCAGUUCAAUCGACCCUACCAUAAACAUUCGAGUUUUUGCAAUAUGAUUUUUGGUAAGUUUUUCGUUAACCGAUGUAAAUUGUUUUUGGUAAGAUGGUGUGAUUUAAGAUGAUAGAAGGGUCAAAACUCUAAAGCCAAAACUCCUACUAUUUUGGGAUAAAAGGCUCGUUUUUCGUUGUGGUAAGAAGAUUUUACGCUAGCACACUGUUCAACAAUGAUGAAGUUGAUUACCCUAAAAAACACACCCUGCACGUUUUUUGUU